AUGGAGGACAAGAGCACAUACAAACCCAAAGUUGCAUGUAAUAUUCUUCAUCUGGGACCAUACCGCAUAAGAUUCAUGACCCUUCUUAUCGGAAACGUAAUUUGUAUUCCAGACUCUUUGGAAAAUAGUCAAGGUACACCAUUGUUUUUGGCAUGUGAUCUCAUGCCUGAUAACCCUAAUAUGUCAAGGAUUAGCACUAAAUAUGGCAAGCUUGGGAUGGCAGCCAAAUUCAAUUUGAAAGGUUUCAGAUUGGAUGGAUAUGCUAGGACAUCUACACUUUGGUUCUUUACUAUUCAUGGUCUCUUUGACCUAGCUUUCAGCCAUCACUUAAAGCUCUUACAGAAAGAAUGUCUGCAACGUUUAAGUAACCUAUGGAUGAAAUUCUAUGAGGAAGAACCUCUGCCCUUUGAUAGUAUAGAUGUGACAUUAGAGGAAUCUCUGAUGGAAAAAAUCAUGAAACCUUUUAAAUUGAAACACAUAGAUACAAUGGAUCAAGAUGAAAACCAUUCAGGUGAAGGCUCGUUUUCAUCAGACAAAGUCACUGAAAAUAGUUGCACUUCAGCACAAGAAAAAAUAAACCAACAAGUGAAGAUCUUGAACUCUGAAGGGCUUUAUGAUCAGCAAAGUGCAGGAGACUGUUCUGUUUUUAAUGAAAAAAUGAUGGAAAAUACAAGUGAGAAAGCAGGUAAUCUGGACUUCAGAAGAAAUAAAAGUGAAAAGAAUCAAAAGAGAAAGGAAAUUCAUGGUGAAUUUUGUGACAAAUGUUCUCAAAAACUGAUUCGCAGAACUUGCAAUGUGAACAAUUCUGAAAAUAUGAUUGGGUCAAAGAAUAAUAAAAAACUUUGUAGUCAAAAAUACUUCCUUAUAGAUCAUUCUGAAAAGGAAGUUGAGGAUGAAAAGGAAACAUGCAUACUAUGCUUAAAAAAUAUAAGCUGUAAAAUUUGUGAUGCAGAUAUUGAGAUGGCAUUAGAUAAAUCAUGUUGUGCUUGCUCUAAAACUGAACACAACAGUUCUGGUUCAUGUAAUGCAAAAAAUGAAAGAAGUAUACAUAAAAGUUGUUCAAAAGAGCUGAGUUACAGUAAUUUUGACUUCCAGAACAUUAAAAAGAAUAGACAACCUAAUCUUUGUACCAGGAUGCUGAAAUGUCAGUUUUGUGGUAUGGUGAAUGAAUAUGUUGAACAUUCUGCAGAUGUGAUCAAUGAAAAUUCUACAAUGAUGAUCGAAGAAGAUACUGCUUGUUCAACACUUUUAUCUUGGGAUAAGAUGCAGCAUUUAAUUCAAGAAGUUCUGCACACUCAUCUUCCCACUGGGGCGCACUUAGAAAAGUGUCUAACCAUCUUAAAACUUCUUGACUUUCAUGUCAAGUCCCCAGAUGAGGAUUUUGGCUUUGACUUAGAUUUCCUAAAGUUUUGUUUUGAUAAAAUGAAAGAUUCUGAAUUUAGAGUGGAUGAACCAGAAAGUGAUCUCCAAAUAUCAAAAAACAAGCUGAAGUUUUUGACUGCUUUAGGGACAUGGUUAGGAAAUGAAUUUCAUAAUUGUUCUCAUGUGAUUUCUAGAAGAGUGGACAAUUUUAAGCAGGAGCACAUCAGGUGCAUUGACAAUUUACCACCAUCCAGUGAUAUUGUGAAUCACAUAUUUCCUGUUUUUAUGACAGCUUUUAUUUUACAUUGGCAGGGAUUUGGCACUCCAGUCAUUGGAUAUAGUGAAUCGUCCUUGGCCCUUGAACAUAAUUAUGCAAGUAAAAAGCAAAUUAUGGAUGAACAUCAAGCAGGGCCAAAUUACCCUCUUAUUCAACUCAUCCUAGAAUUUGCAAAUAAUUCACUUAUAUCAGGUGUUGCACAUGUAGUAUUUUCAAAAAUAAAGUACACAAAAUAAA